CCAAGCUACAUACAUAAUCCCAGCUAAUCUCAAGUGGCGACACUGAUCAGGCUAAGCAAGGGAGUCCCGGGGGCUAUGUAAUGUGCAUGUGCUCCGAAACAAAUUUUUCGUAUAAAAACCACUGUGGCUGCGUCCAUGUCAUGUAGCAACUGCUGGUCAGGUUUAUACGCUAGUCGAUCGCAAAAGUAUACUGUUUACCUCAGUGUCAUUCCUCAUCAUGCACUUCAAACUUUACGGCGUUGGCGUUCUAGGUCUACUCUCCACUGUGUAUGCUGCCCCUUCCACUGGUAACCGUCCAGGAACCAACGACAAAUCUACCCUCUUGAAAGCCAGAACAGAAUCCUCCCCGGCCGCUGAACUCAAAAUAUAUUUCACAGGAUGGGCCAAAGGCAGCUCAGACCCAAUUACAGUGCCCCCCCGAGUCCAACAACGAACGCAAAAAGCAUUGGAUCAGAUCUGGAAACUGGACUCGAAUAAAGAAUGUAUAUACAUGACGAGUUACGUUGGCGACGUUGAGGGGCGUUACAUUUUCCAGAUUUAUGGAAUACCUGGAUGCUACAAGGAUGAGGGGCGCCGGUGUUUUGUAACCGUUCCAAGCUCUGGGGAUGGGGAUGGAGAAGCAACACUAUCCAUGGCUUAGUAUUUGCUUACCAUGACGAAGCUUAUAGCUCAAAAAUCCAAUCGAAUUGAAUUUGAGCAGGAGAAUUUGCACGCGCAAAUCUUAUCAUUGCAUUGUGCAAGCAAAUGUACAUAUCAAGGUUUGGUUAGCUCGGAGAAUGUCGUAGAGGACUGCAAGCA